AUGUUUCGUUCUCUGCUUGGUGUCGCUUGUCUGUUGGCUACAGUAUUCUGUCAACAAGAAAAUGAUUUGAUCAAGGAUUUGCCAGGACUUUUGUUCAAGGCAAAUUUCAAAUCUUAUUCUGGAUAUGUGGAUGCUAACGCUAAUGGAACAUGGAAGAUGCAUUAUAUGUUGACCGAAUCUCGUUCCAAUCCAGACACUGAUCCAUUAUUGGUAUGGUUCAACGGAGGACCCGGUUGCUCUUCUUUAGGAGGUCUCUUUGAAGAACUUGGUCCAUUUUAUGUGAACUUUGACGGAGAAACACUUUAUGAGAAUCCGUACGCAUGGAACGCGAAAGCUAAUGUGCUCUAUUUGGAAUCUCCAAUCGGUGUCGGAUACUCAUACGACACAACCACUCCCGGAUACUUCCAAGCCAACGAUAACCAAACGGCUGGUCAGAACUAUCUCGCUCUUACCAACUUCUUCAAAGUAGCUCAACCAAAAUACGCCAACCGUACAUUCUAUCUUUCCGGGGAGUCGUAUGCUGGAAUUUAUAUUCCAAUGCUUACUGAUCUCAUUGUCCAGGGAAUCAACAAUGCAACGAACCCUUUCCCAAACAAAAACUUCCAGGGAUCCGCAAUCGGAAACGGAUUCAUGAAUGUAAAGGGACUUCUGAAUGCACUUGCUUUGUGGAGUGCCUACCAUGGACGUGUUUCUGUCCAAGACUGGGACAAUAUUAAAAACAACUGUACAAACAACACCGAUAUGGACAACUUUGAAUUCUCGAAAUUUACAACCUCCAAAAAUAAGAUCGAUUACGUUGGAGAUGAUUCAUAUUGCGGAAAGUUGAUCCAACCACUUAUUUCUCAAAACGCAGAUAACACUGAAGGAUUUGACCAAUACAAUUUCUAUCAAGAGUGCUACGACAAAUCUGUUUUCCAAGCACCACCACCAUCUGCUUCCGGAAAGAGAGUGAAGAGAAGUGCAUUGGCUGGAGUUUCUGCUAUUCAUAAGCAGUACCAACAACUCGGAAGCUUCAAGGGAACGUCUAACUUGGCACAGAACACUGCCACUCUUGUUAACCGAUUCUCCAAUGACAAUCAAUUCGGAUACUUCUGCUGGAACGAAGAUGCAGUUGGAAAGUAUUUGAAUAGCGACAAAGUCCAAAACGCUUUGAAUAUUCCACAAGCAUGGAAAGAUCAGAAAAAUGGUUGGGAAGACUGUAGAAUGUCGAUUUACAACAACUACACUCUCACAUAUGAAACUACCAAUCAGUUCUUUAAGAGUAUUAUCACAAAUCUUAAGACCAACUUCCGUUUCUUGAUCUACAACGGAGACGUAGAUACUGUCUGUAACUAUUUGGGAGAUGCCAAGCACAUCGCGCAAGUUGCUGCUGAAAAUGGUCUUAAUACUCUAUCAUCACGUACCCCUUGGUAUUACUCGGAUAACCAACAACUUGCUGGAUUCGUUCAAUCAUAUUCUGGAAAAAAUGCAAAUGGAGCCACCAUUAUUAUCGAUGUUUUGACCGUCAAGGGAGCUGGACACAUGGUUCCAUAUGAUCGCGCUGGACCUUCAGUUCAAAUGAUUUCCAACUUCGUGUGGGCUGCCAACAACGCAUUCGUCAAUUACACUAGCCAGGCUAACUUCAAUCCAAACAUUCAACUUUCCGAAAUGGUCGGUGGCUCCUCUACAACCAUCUCAUUCUUGUUUGCUGUUUCUGCUGUGUUGCUCCAAUUGAUUCUCUAA